CUUUGCUUCUAUAGGGCCUUAAAGAAUCAAUGAUAGAAUCUGCAAGGCUCUAUAGAAGCAAAAUCGUCUGGGAUAUCAAACUUGUUGAAGUAAUCAUUCCUUUUUUUACCAAAUCUUUGCUCCCAAAUUAUUCUCUCUCUCGAAAACACUUAAAUCACCCUCUUAUCCAAUACCACCAAUAUUUCCAUCCUACCUACGCAAAAAGGAAAUUCACCCACAUUUGCAUCCUCAUUCCUCAAAACUCCCUUAAAUCUCACAGAAUUUUCCCAUUUAAAUCUGCUGUAUCAUGGUGAAAAUCCUCUCAAACCUGCUGCUGGCUGUCAUGCAAUAAUUUUUUUUUAUUUCCACUCAACCUGUAUCUUCCCUACAUACACUCAUCUUAUAUUAUUUUACUCUUCCACUUGACCAAAAUAAGUAAUAUCAUCAAAUUACUCAACAUUUCCACACCACCCAAAACCCAACCAACGACGAACGAUGACAAAAAUCCCAAAAGAUAAAAAAAAUCCACACUCACUCACAUUUGAGUGAAAUACUAUAAACAUCCCCUUUGGCUCUAUACUGGUUGAGCAUGAGCAAUGAGUGUGUGUACAAACUAAACACGAAAACAAAACCACAAAACAGACCCAAACCAAACCAACAACACAAUAUGAAGGAACAUACAACACUAAAAGACCCAAUUUGAGUGAUGGCUCAAAGGAACCCGAAAAAAACCACUCAAAAUUGAGACAUGAAGCUGUGUGUGUAUUGAGUAGGAAAUUAUAGAGGAUGUUCUACUGGAAAUGUUGGACAACCGACGAAUUACGAUGAAAAUGAAAUUCAUAAAAUUCAGUUGCUCGUUGACUUGCAUUGUAUUCUAACGUCUCUUCUCUAAAAGUUGGACGGGUUUUAUUCCGCGCGAGUAUUGAAAUUGAGUUAUAGAGGAAAAAAAAGUAAAAAAUUCCUUUCAGAGUGCUUCAAACACACACAUGACUAUAAAUUAAUUCCAAAUCCAAUUUACCUCUUCAUGUUUAUUAUAUCUGCCCCUAGCUAGUAUAAUACCGUAUAUUAAGCAUCAUUCAGCCAGCAUCCAUGAGAUAUUUUUUUUUUGCUCUCAGUUGUGUAGUAUUUUGAGUUGGAUUUAAAAAAAAAAGGGUGAUAGAUACGUCCGUCAUCUCUCGUCUCGUCUCGGUGGUCUUCUUCGUCGUCUCGCAAUCAUCAUCAUAGUCGAACCCGAACAUCACCCAUUUCAUGUAUUUUGUUCUGUUCUCUGUUCACCCAAAAAAAAAAAACCACCAACAACAAUCACGACAACAAGAGAAAAAAGGGUGAAAUAAAGUGGAGUAUAGUAAAAAUAAAAACUCAAACACGGAAAUAAUAAAAUAAUAGUAUAUAGUUGCUCCUCUGUGCUGAGCUUCAAGUCUCUUCUGUGUGUAAAAAUUAAGUGGCAACCAUUUCUUUUAUUAUAACAAAAAAAAAAAAAAAAAUUGUACAAAAAAAAAAAAUUGUACCUAGAGAACGCGCUCUAGAAUGCCCCCGGGGCAGUUCAUAUAGAUUCAGACACAUUUGCUUGCUCUUUGGCACACAGAGUCAAGUCGUAGAUAGUCGUAGUUGAAAAUACAACACGAACGGAAAAAAUAGCAAAAAAAAUAUAAGGCGGAACAUUUCUGUGUUUAUAAGGAAGAAGGAAGAUUCUUUUCUUCUCUCUAUCUUCCCAUUGUGUCUACUUUUCUUUUUUGUUUUUGUUUUGGUUUUAUUUUUAUGAGAUCUUAGCCUCUUUUAACCCCCUUUUCCCGUACAGAAAAAAAAAACCGAAAGAAUGUUUUCAAGUGAUUCUAAAUGUUUCGUGUAAAUAAUAAUGAUAGUCCCUAAAUGGUCACCCUGUGGAACGCCAUAUGAGUAUAAACUAUCAAGUGGAUAGUAGUUGUUUGAUAAUAAUAACAUAAAAUCUAUUUUUCGGUACCGCCCUUAUACACCUUCUCUCAAAGAAGAACCCCCUCAUUUCUGACAACCCUCAAAACAAAAAUACAAAAAAAAAAAAAAAAAUUCCAUUUCUCACCCAUCUCUCAUUCGGAUGAGCUAUAGCUCCGAACACGACAACGACCGACACGCUGAGAUUUAUACAAAGGAAGUGAAGAAGUAUCUUUUUUUUUACUCUCCCCCCAUCUCGCCAACCAUCACCGUCUUCGUCUUCCAUAUCGUUUGUGUGUUGAUUGUGUGGAUGUCCCCAUCAUCAUCAUCCCCAUCAGCGUGUUAAAAUCCCAGGCAAUGAGUUGAGUUAAGUUGAUGAGUUAAUCCAAAUGAAAGCGAGUUAGAAAAGAAGACUUACACACAGUUAAAAAAAAAAAAAAAACACUCUCAUCACAACACUGACUAUGUGGCUCUGGUGUUCUAUUUGUUAAUCAAAAUUAAGUGAAGUGACUAAGGGAACCCUAAUUAGACCUGUUUUAUUUAUUUUUUUUUUUGUAUUUUUUGUUUUAUUUUUGUUCUUUCUACUCUUUUUCGCUGUGAUUAACACGGAAAAAGCGAGUGACGACAAGAGUAGAUAGAGAGUAAAGUUUCAAGAUAAAAAACUAUCUCAAAAAGUCCUUUUCCAAAAAGGACGAAGAAAGGACGAAAGAAAAACAGAAAAAGGAAAGUUGUUCAAAAGAAAAACAGAAAAAAAAAGAAAAUCAUGGAAAAUUGUAAAAUUAAUGAAAAGUGCUCAACUGGACAACGACUUCAGCAUCAGCAGGAAUACCUUCAACAGGAUAAAGAAAAGGACAAGGACGAAGAAGAUCGUCUAUGUAUAGUUGAUGCAAUACAACAACAAAAUAAACAACAAAAUCAGAAAAAUAAUCAGAAAAAUACUAACAACAACACAAGUAGAAGCAGCAAAAGCAGCGAUAGCGAUACCAAAAAAAACCUUAUGUCCUCAUCAUCAGCUUCAGUAGCAGCAGCAGCAGCAGCAGUAAAACAAAGUUGUACCAUACAUCGCCCACUUCCACCACCUUCGGUGAUGAGUUGUACCGGUGAUGGUGGUGGUGGUGGUGGUGGUAAUUCUGAAAAAAAGAUAGUUGGUGUAUCCACUCCAGUAUCCUUGUUUAACUUUGUAUUCUACGUGAUGUGUAUCGGUUCGUUGGGAUUCUCUGUGUACUCGAACAUCCGGCAAACUUACACAGAAGAACGGCUUAAACAUCUACGACAUCUCGACGAUAGAAUAACCCUUCUCGAGACAAAGCUAGACAACUUGCCCCAAUUGAUGGCAUCACUGUCGUUAUCAUCAUCAGCAUCGUCGCCCUCAGCAGGAUUGCAGAAAUCGACAACAUCAUUGGACGACAAUGUCGCGGAUACAGUACGACGGCUAUCGUUGCAAUUCGAUGGGAUACACCGGCUGCGACGGGAUGUGUCACAAUUGCAAUUAGUCAGACGACAGGAGCGGCAGACAUCGAUUCAGCAGCAUAUGUCGGAAUGUCCAUGUUCAGCAGGACCACCAGGUCCACCUGGGCCUCCGGGGAAACGAGGGAAACGUGGUAAGAAAGGCGAUCCGGGAGAAAUUGGACCAGUGGGACCUGCCGGUGUUAAUGGUGAAAAGGGGGAGCCGGGACGACCAGGAGACAAAGGAUCACGAGGAGAGGUGGGUCAUCCCGGCAUUGAUGUUUUCCAAACAGUAAAGGGACUUAAACGGUCAGUGACAACGUUACAUGGUGGUACGCUAGGUUACGCGGAAAUUGUUGCCGUUAAGGGAUUACAAGAAGCGGGCGUUAACGUAUCCGCCUCGACAGUAAUUCAAUUGAAGGGCGAACCUGGUGAACCAGGUCCACCCGGACCUCCAGGACCACCAGGAGCAACAGGCACCCCAGGACAGGACGGAGAAAGAGGACCGCCAGGUGAAACGGGCCCUCUAGGACCACCAGGUCCUCGUGGCGAACCAGGACCAAUUGGACCGCCUGGUGCGACAGGACCACCUGGAUUAAGGGGCGACAAAGGCGAUCGAGGGGACCGAGGCUUAACCACAACGAUAAAGGGCGACGAAUUUCCCACUGGCAUCAUCGAGGGACCACCAGGUCCACCUGGACCGCCAGGACCCCAAGGUAUUCCGGGUGAAAGAGGAGAAAUCGGUCCACCAGGACCGGCUGGACCACCAGGCGAAAAAGGACCUCGUGGUAAACGUGGUAAACGAAUAUUUGGACCAGGAGGUAAGGAUGAGGACUAUGAUGACCCUCCGGUAACGUUGUUACGUGGCCCACCCGGGCCACCUGGUAAUCCAGGAAAAGAUGGCCGCGAAGGACGUGAUGGUCUGAAGGGUGAUCCUGGUGAGCCUGGUGAACCGGGUUCGUUGGGACCUCGCGGUCUAGAUGGUUUACCCGGAGAACCAGGUAUUGAGGGUCCUCCCGGACUGCCUGGCUAUCAAGGACCACCUGGUGAGAAGGGAGAUCGAGGUGAUAUUGGGCCACCUGGUUUGAUGGGUCCUCCUGGACUGCCUGGACCACCUGGUUAUCCUGGUGUGAAAGGUGACAAAGGAGAUCGGGGUGAUUCAAAGUACAGAAAAAUGCGAAGACGACAAGAUGAUGGUAUGGCUGAUGCACCUCACACGCCAACAAUUGAAUAUCUGUAUGGACCCCCUGGACCACCAGGUCCAAUAGGCCCUCCAGGUCAUCCAGGUCCAUCAGGAGAACGUGGCUUAGAUGGACGCAAAGGAGAUCAGGGCGAGAAAGGACUGAAAGGCGAUCAAGGUCCAAUGGGUUUACCUGGUCCAAUGGGAAUGCGUGGUGAUUCUGGAUCAUUUGGUCCUGCUGGAAAACCUGGACAUCCGGGUCCACCUGGACUAGAUGGAAUGAAGGGUGCUCAAGGUGAAACUGGUCAAAAGGGUGAACGUGGAGAUCCUGGUCUUCCAGGAACCGAUGGAAUACCUGGGCAGGAGGGACCACGAGGCGAGAAAGGUUCAAGAGGAGAUCCAGGACCGCCGGGUAAACGAGGAAGAAAGGGUGAUCGCGGUGACAAAGGCGAACAGGGUGUUCCAGGGUUAGAUGCACCAUGUCCGCUUGGAUCAGAUGGUUUGCCACUACCAGGUUGUGGUUGGAGACCGCCAAAGGAGCCAGCCAUAUCUACCCCCAUCCAUAAAGAUUACCUGCCGGAUGUGACAGCGCCAGAGAACAAUGCUAGCGAUUAUGAACAAGAAGAAGAUGAAGAAGAAACUGGCGAAGGGGAAGAAGAAUAUGAUGAUUAUCAAGACAACAUGCACAAUAAUUCGGACUAAAACAAAACACACACACCACACAAUUAAUCCUGCUUUUAUUAUUAGUUUUGUUCUGUUUUGUAGAUUUUUUUGUUUGGCUAAAUAACACACACAAUUUUCACUCACUUUUGUCAUAAAUUAGAGGAGAUACAGAUAGUAAAAAAUUUUAAUGAAAUUAUCGGAUCAAAUUAUGGUCUUGGAAAUAUUGAAAGAAUCAAAAGCCAAUGCAUUCAUAACCUUACUUUUAACAAGCUCAGAGUUUUAUUUAAUACAAUGAUUUAUCUGUUUGUUUAAAAAAAAAAAACCUUUGAAAUCAUGUGGUUCUAUAAUGCAGUAUUGGGUGAAAGAAUCAAAAUAAUUAAAACUACGCACAAUAAAUCCUCUGUUGUGGAUUUUGGAAGAUUUAACCCGAGCUCUGAAGUUCUUCAAACAUUGUUUUUUAGAGCCUCAGAUCCAUCAGUACAAUUAUAGUACUUUAUUUGGAGCUGUAGCAAAAAGAAGUUGUUGUAUAACACCAUUUUUGUACCAUCAAUAAACAAUGCAAAUAGUAAAGGCCUCAGAAUUCAACCUUGGGGCACUUCAGUAAAGAUAAAAAACCAUUCAGAGCAGUAUUAGUGCUCAUUCCACAUAGCUUUUUUGAUGAUAAGAAUAAAUUGACAUACACUAGCAUGAACUUCCUAAGGAAUUCCAGUUUAUAAAUCAGAGCUUGUUUCAUGAAGCGCUUCAUUGAUGACAGAUUAGCAUACAUGUCGCCCCUCGUUCUUUUCGAAAAAUUUCCUUGCUUACAAGAGUUAAAGCUUCAAGACCGAUUUUCUUACUUCUGUUUCAUAUCCUUCAAACCCCCAAGUUUUAGGAAAGCUGCUUCUAUUCUUUUCCAAUAAAAAGUGUUAAAAACCCAUUACUAAAGUUUAAAAAAAAAAAUAAAUAAAAACUCCAA